AUGGGGACAGUGGAUGGUGUGGAGGAACAUGAGAAGGAAGUAGGAGAAGAAGCCGAGGUUGAGGUGGUGGAUGUGAUCAGUGGAGAUGCUGGGUCAGAAGAGCUGAUAUCUGAUACUAGUAAUCCUGAUCCUGAUCCUGUUGUUUAUCAACUUGUUCGGGUUGAUGGUGAUGGGAGACUAGUCCCGGCUACUGAUGAUGAAAUAUUGGUGGUCGAAAAUCUGCUGGAAGUUGAGAAGGCUGAAGAUUUUGCGCCGGGCAACAAUCAACCUACAUCUUGCAGCAAAUCAGAAAAAUGUCAACUGAAAGAAAAUCAGAACAUUGAACUUGAUAAUGCUGCUAGCCUGGGAAGAGAAAAUGUGCAGCAACAGGAAACUUUUCAUCAGUGUAAUCAACCUUCGAAUUCCGAAGAUAUUAUGCCCUAUUUGAGUACUAAAAAUCCUAAGUCAGUCAGAAUCUUCGCAGAAGGUUCUUCAAAUCCUGAUGUCGCUUCUAGUUCAAAGCCUGAUUUUUCUAGGCUGAGGGGGGAGAUAUGCUUGGAUAAACUAUCAGUCAAAGAACUUCAAGAAACUUUUAGGGCAACCUUUGGAAGGGAGACUUCUGUCAAAGACAAACUAUGGCUUAAAAGGAGAAUAUCCAUGGCUUUGACCAAUUCUUGUGAUGUUUCAACCACCACUUUUAUUAUCAAAGGUAAUAAAGUGGUGAAGAAACUUAGAGAAGAAAAAAGCAAAACUUUUGCUGCUUCUGCCGAUUUUGUUAUGGAAGUGUCCCCAUUCGAUGGUCUUCAUAAUCAAGAGACAAGCCAUUCUGAUGAUAUUUUUCAAGAUACACGGACCACAGUCUUAGAGCAAGGUGAUGUUUCAGAGGAUCAUAACUUGGAAAGUAGAGCAGCCAAGAGAAUUAGGAAACCCACAAAGAGAUACAUUGAAGAACUUUCUGAAUUGGAAUCUGAUGACUCUAAAGGAAAGUUGAUUCCACAAACUUUAAAGAGUUUUGAACAUGAACAAUUACCACACUUGAAGCCUCAUACAAGACCUGUUCAGAAAGUAUGGUCAGAUGGGAAACCUGUGAUUACCAGGCAAGAUUCGUUGGGAGGUUCUGGUGUUAUGGUUCCAUAUGUUUGGAGAGUCCGAAGAAGCCGUCCUAGAGAAAAUUUCAUGCCCCUCAUGAAACUUCAGACUCUAAGUGUUGAUGCGGAUUCUGGAAGUGUAAAGAAGACUAUUGGUCCAACCCCAUCGCCCGUAGAAGACGAGACAGACGAAGACCUGCAAGCAAGACUUUCUCCUGCUUGUAGUCAGCAGCCUUUGAUCUUUGCUUCUGGGGAAAGUGAGCAUCGCCUGGAAAAGAAGGCGCUGGAGCUAGAAAAGGAGUAUGCACUUAAAAGAAUGGAUUCCUUUGAGGAUAAUUCAGAUGAUAAUAUGCUCUGGACUCCAUCAUGCGGAAUGAGGAGGAAGCAUCAUCGACCUUGGUCUCUGACCGAGGUUGUUAAGCUAGUUGAAGGUGUUGCUAAAUACGGUGUUGGUCGGUGGUCUGAAAUAAAACGAGUUGCUUUUGCUUCAUACUCAUACAGGACAUCGGUAGAUCUAAAGGAUAAGUGGAGGAAUCUGUUGAAAGCCAGCUCAUUACAGUUGCCUGGAGAAAAAGGGAAUGCUAGGAAGCAUGCUUCAGUGCCAAUUCCUGCUUCAAUCCUCAUUCGAGUGAGAGAGUUGGCUCAAAUGCAAGCACCACAAGUUCCAACAAAAGUUCCUCAAAGCAAGUUCACUGGACCUGCUGGUGGAGAUGAUAGAAGUGUAACCGAAACAAGAGCAGCUUUUCUCUCCCUCGGCUGCUGCUCUCUUCAUCUUUUGCUCCCACCUCCACCAAUCUCUGGCACCGACCGUCGGAAAACAGCCAUCCGACCGACCGAAAAGAUUAAAGAAAUUGAGGCCGAGAUGGCACGGACCCAGAAAAAUAAAGCCACAGAAUAUCAUCUGGGUCAGCUCAAGGCUAAGAUAGCAAAGCUGAGGACACAGUUGCUGGAGCCCCCCAAAGGUUCAAGUGGCGCUGGAGAUGGUUUUGAGGUUACAAAAUACGGUCACGGACGAGUCGCCCUGAUAGGAUUCCCCAGUGUGGGAAAAUCAACGCUCUUAACUAUGUUGACUGGAACUCACUCAGAAGCCGCAUCAUAUGAAUUUACCACUCUCACCUGCAUACCUGGAAUCAUUCAUUACAACGAUACUAAAAUUCAGCUGCUUGAUCUUCCUGGAAUUAUUGAAGGUGCAUCUGAAGGCAAGGGACGCGGUCGGCAGGUUAUUGCUGUUUCCAAAUCGUCAGACCUUGUACUGAUGGUCCUAGACGCUUCAAAAAGUGAAGGGCAUAGGCAGAUAUUGACAAAGGAACUGGAAGCUGUUGGCUUGCGCUUGAACAAGAGACCUCCUCAAAUAUACUUCAAAAAGAAAAAGACUGGUGGGAUUUCUUUCAACAGCACGUUGCCUUUAACUCAUGUGGACGAGAAGCUUUGCUAUCAAAUUUUGCACGAAUACAAGAUACACAACGCUGAGGUGUUAUUUCGUGAAGAUGCUACUGUGGAUGAUCUUAUCGAUGUUAUUGAGGGAAAUCGUAAAUACAUCAAGUGUGUUUAUGUCUAUAACAAGAUUGAUGUUGUUGGUAUUGAUGACGUGGACAGAUUAGCACGGCAACCAAAUUCUAUUGUGAUUAGCUGUAACAUGAAGCUCAAUCUUGAUAGACUGCUUGCUAGGAUGUGGGAUGAGAUGGGUCUAGUACGAGUUUAUACAAAACCUCAGGGUCAGCAACCGGAUUUCGGCGAUCCUGUUGUUCUUUCAUCUGAUCGCGGUGGAUGCACGGUAGAGGAUUUUUGUAACCAUAUACAUAGGAGUCUAUUGAAGGAUGUGAAGUAUGUGUUAGUGUGGGGCACCAGUGCAAGGCACUACCCGCAGCAUUGUGGCCUGUCCCAUUCUCUUCAGGAUGAAGAUGUUGUCCAGAUUGUUAAGAAAAAGGAAAAGGAAGAUGGAGGAAGAGGGCGGUUCAAAUCACAUUCCAAUGCCCCAGCUAGGAUAUCUGACAGAGAGAAGAAGGUGUUCAUGUCAAUUGGUCAACCUUUCCACCAGCUACACAUGCCUAAGAUUUCUCAGUUUAAGAUUGGGAUCUGUCAGUUGAAAGUAACUGAUAACAAGGGUCGCAAUAUAGCGAAAGCUCGUGAUGCAGUUCAAGUUGCUGCCUUGCGAGGUGCAAAGCUGGUGCUUUUACCUGAAAUGUGGAACUGCCCCUACUCACACGCCUAUUUCUCCGACUUUGCUGAGGACAUCGAUCAUGGAGAUGUCGGUUCUGGCUCGCCUACGAUAUCCAUGCUGUCUGAAGUUGCUUCCUGCCUUGGGGUAACCAUCAUUGCAGGCUCUAUUCCUGAACAGAGCUCCAAUCUCUUGUACAACACUUGUUGUGUCUUUGGUCCUGAUGGAAUUUUGAUGGCUAAGCAUAGGAAAAUGCAUCUGUUUGAUAUCGAUAUGCCUGGAGAUUUAUCUUUCAAAGAAUCUGAUACUUUUUCUGCUGGAGAUGGACCAACUGUGGUUGACACCGAUGUUGGCCGAAUUGGAAUUGGAAUUUGCCACGACAUUCGCUUCCCAGAGCUUGCAAUGCUGUAUCGAGCAAGAGGAGCUCACCUAAUCUUUUAUCCGGGGGCAUUUAACAUGAGCACAGGAGAGUCAUUGUGGGAACUGCAGCAAAGAGCUAGGGCAGCUGACAACCAGUUAUAUGUGGGGACAUGCUCCCCAUCUAGAGAUUCAGCUGCUUCUUACACCAUCUGGGGUCAUUCAUCUCUUGUUGGACCGUUUGGUGAAAUCGUUGCAACAACUGGACAUGAAGCAGCCGUGGUAAUUGGAGAAAUUGACCACUCCAAAAUCAAAACUACAAGGAAAAGCCUCCCACUGGAGAAACAAAGGCGGGAAGAUGUGUACAAGUUAAUCGACUUGAGCCACCAAGAUAUAUGA